CUCUGGCACCUGGCUCAGGUUGUCGGUCAGGGUUUGGAGCAGCUUCAUCCUCAGACUUUGGGAAUACACUGCUUCCACCAGGAGGACCCUGGAGGCCAGGGAUUCAGAAUCAUCAGUUUGGUCUCAGCCAACAAGACGCCACCACGCCAUGUUUCAAGUCCAGCUACGCAUCGCCCAGCUCCAGGAGGCAACACCAUGCUCAGGGGUCUGCAGGCCAGCUUGGCCGGCACCUGAAGGGCAGGAAUCCUGAGGACACGCCUGCACAGGACAGGGACCCGCCCCUGGACUUGAGGCCAGGCACACAGACCUGUGGGGACCAAGGGGCAUUCUGCAAGCAGUGCAGGGAGCCCUCACGGCAUCACAAAGAAGACGGAAGCAGCCGAGAGUGACCUCACAGCAAGCCCUCCCACCACACCACUGCUCUCCUAGAUCCAGAGCCCACCCCUUGGUCAGCACACCCCAACUCUAGGACCUCCCAACCCAGCCUUCAGGGACCUGCUGUGGGUGGUGGCCGCUCCCCAGUGACUCAAAGCGCCUGCCGAUGGGGAAGGCAGAAAGCCCAGUGGGAAUGGUGGACAGAGCCAGCCUGGCAGGGCAGAAGCGCCAAGGCUUCCUGGAGAGGGGGCUGCUGCUCCUGCUCCUGCUGGUGAUGGGUGCCCUGGUGGCCCUGGGCGUCCUCUACAGCCGAGGGAAGCAGCUGCACCCCUUUACUAGCUGGUGGUGCUCCUCACAUGAAGAGAGGACCGUUGUAAAACGAGAACCCCAAGCAGUCCAGGAGCCCGAGCAGGUGGAUGAGAUCUGCACCAGCCCGGGCUGCGUGAUAGCCGCUGCCAGGAUCCUCCAGAACAUGGAUUCCUCCAUGGAGCCGUGCAACGACUUCUAUCAGUACGCGUGCGGAGGCUGGCUGCGGCGCCACGUGAUCCCUGAAACCAGCUCCCGCUACAGCAUCUUUGACAUCCUCCGGGACGAGCUGGAGGUCGUCCUCAAAGGCGUGCUGGAGAAUUCCACCACCAAAUCUCGGCCAGCCGUGGAGAAGGCCAAGCUGCUGUACCGCUCCUGCAUGAACGAAAGCGUGAUAGAGAAGCGAGACUCUCAGCCUCUGCUGGACAUCUUGGCGGUGGUGGGGGGCUGGCCGGUGGCCAUGGAUAAGUGGAACGAGACCAUAGGCCCCAAGUGGGAGCUGGAGCGGCAGCUGGCAGUGAUGAACACGCAGUUCAACCGGCGGGUCCUCAUCGACCUCUUCGUGUGGAAUGACGACCUGAACUCCAGCCGCCACAUCAUCUAUAUAGACCAGCCAACGCUGGGCAUGCCAUCCCGCGAGUACUACAUCAAGAAGGCCAGCAACCAGAAGGUGCGGGACGCCUACCUGCAGUUCAUGAUGUCGGUGGCCACCAUGCUGCGGAGGGACAGCAAACUGCCGAAGAACAACCAGCUGGUGCGGGAUGACAUGCUGCAGGUGCUGGAGCUGGAGACUCGCCUGGCCAACGCCACGGCACCCCCGGAGGAGAGGCACGACGUCACCUUGCUGUACCACAGGAUGGACCUGCAGCAGGUCCAGGACAGGUUCAGUCUGAAGGGUUUUAACUGGACUCUCUUCGUACAAACUGUGCUGUCCUCUGUCAAAAUCAAGCUGCUGCCCAACGAGGAAGUGGUAGUCUAUGGCAUUCCCUACCUGCAGCACCUGGAGGACAUCAUUGACCGCUACUCGGCCAGGACCAUGCAGAACUAUCUGGUCUGGCGCCUGGUGCUGGAUCGCAUCGGCAGCCUGAGCCAGCGGUUCAAGGAAGCCCGGGUGAAGUACCGAAAGGCGCUGUACGGCACCACAGUGGAGGAGGUGCGCUGGCGUGAGUGCAUCAGCUACGUCAACAGCAACAUGGAGAGCGCCGUGGGCUCCCUGUAUGUCAAGCAGGCCUUCCCCCGGGACAGCAUGAACGUGGUCCGACAGCUCAUCAGCAAGGUUCGGGCUGUGUUCGUGGAGAACCUGGAUGAGCUGGGCUGGAUGGACCAGGAGUCCAAGAAGAAGGCCCAGGAGAAGGCCUUGAGCAUCCGGGAGCAGAUUGGCUAUCCCGCCUACAUCCUGGAGGAGGACAACAAGCGCCUGGACCAGGAGUAUUCCAGCCUGAACUUCUCGGAGCACCUGUACUUUGAGAAUGCACUGCAGAACCUCAAGGCCAGUGCUCACAGGAGCCUCAGGAAGCUUCGGGAAAAGGUGGACCAGAAUCUCUGGAUCAUUGGAGCUGCCGUGGUCAAUGCCUUCUACUCCCCAAACCGAAAUCAGAUCGUGUUUCCCGCGGGGAUCCUCCAGCCGCCCUUCUUCAGCAAGGAGCAGCCACAGGCCUUGAACUUUGGGGGCAUUGGGAUGGUGAUCGGGCACGAGAUCACGCAUGGCUUUGAUGACAAUGGCCGCAACUUCGACAAGAACGGCAACAUGCUGGACUGGUGGAGCAACUUCUCGGCCCACCACUUCCGGCAGCAGUCGGAGUGCAUGAUCCACCAGUACGGCAACUACAGCUGGGACCUGGCCGACAACCAGAACGUGAACGGAUUCAGCACCCUCGGGGAAAACAUCGCAGACAACGGAGGGGUGCGCCAGGCCUACAAGGCCUACCUAAAGUGGAUGGCGGAAGGUGGCAAAGACCAGCUGCUGCCCGGGCUGGAGCUCACCUACAAACAGCUCUUCUUUAUCAACUAUGCCCAGGUGUGGUGCGGUUCCUACAGGCCCGAGUUUGCUAUCCAGUCCAUCAAGACUGAUGUCCACAGUCCACUGAAGUACAGGGUGCUGGGCUCCCUGCAGAACCUGCCUGCCUUCGCCAAUGCAUUCAACUGCGCCCCGGGCUCCCCCAUGCGCCCCAAGCAGCGGUGCCGCAUCUGGUAGCUGAGGCUGAGCUGUGCUCCGUGACUCGCGCCACCUUGGGCUGAAGAGGCAGUGUUUCACCAAGAAGGUGCAGCCAGUGGGGGUCAGCAGGGACAUGCAUCUGUGCCCUGCGGCCACUGUGCCCCCCAGGCAUCCUUCACAUUGGCAGGCACCAGAGAGACCUGUGUCCAGGCUGCGCUCUCCGUGCUACCCACAAGGGUCAGUGCCCGUCACAGCCCGUAGACACAAUCAACUGUCUUCCGCCCCCUCGCCGAAGCGCGUUAUCCUCAAUGUCCACGAGUUUCAGACUAGGGCCAAAUAAACACUUCCAAGGCGACA